AUGCCAUGGAUGGAAACUGGCGACCAGCAACAGUUUAUAUCCUUGAACUACACGCCAUCAAACAAAUAUGAGGUGUCGGAGUUAAGGGCGAAAAUUUCUGAAAAUAUUAUGCAAAAACUGAAAUCUAUAAUGUUAGAAUUGUCUUGGAGUAAAAACGUUGCAAAAGAAUACGAAGAGAACAAGAAUCAACUAAGACAAGCAGAAGUACUUGUUGAAGAAACAAGUGGCAAGUUGGACUUCAUGACGGACAGCGUUGUGAAACAAAAAGAAGAAAUCAUGCUGCUAAAAGAAGCGUGCCGAAAAGUUAAAACUGAAUUACACAAAGAGAGACGGUUAAAUGAAAGCAUCAAAAUUAAUAAGAGCAAAAAAUCUGUUGACAUUGGGAACAGAAUUGGAUCUAGCAGAUGUUCAAACAAAUCUGUUUCUAAUGCAACUAAAAAUAAAUUGACCAUCAAAGUUCUUUCCAACACAAUUGAUAAUUAA